UGAAUUUUAUUUUUAAAAUGGUCAACUACGUGCUGUCUUUCUGCAAAAUCACUGGAGCUAGUAAGAUUUUCAAGAGAAACUUUUAUUUGCCUUUGCUGAAGCCGCUCACCCCCAAAGAGGCCUUGCGAACUCUGAGAAUAACUGGGAAGUGGCUGCUUGGGGCCAAGGUCCAGCAUUACAUUCCAGUUUUGUUGCAUCACUCUGAAAAAAGGCCAGAAAAUUCUGAAAAAUUUGGCAAGCUACCCCAUAGCAAAUUAGAGGAUUAUACUUAUAUGACUCCUACGUUGGACCCAGAAAACGACAGCCAUAAAAUACUCCUAAAAAUUCUUCAAAGCAAAGAAACAAAAAGUUUUUUCGUAUACGCUGUCGAUGACAAAAAAUACUGCAUAGUUUUCAAUUCCGAUUUCGAAAAUGCCAUCAGAGACGGAGACAUCUUGGAUGUGCUCGUUUCACAAAAGAACGACAAAAUCAUAGUUAAACUGAAAGACAGAAAGAAAAUUCCCUUAGAAAUGCAAUACUAUGAGGGGGGCCUCGAUGACCUGCUCUGCGGUGAAGGGGCCACUACCCCCGAGGAGGAGAAAUUCCAUCACCAUGGUAAGUACACCAUGAGUCUAGCUAAAAUAUUCGAGGAGAAAGAAAUGCGAGAGGAAAAGUGGGAGGAAGAGUUGAAAAAAAUAAUGAAACGUCGCAAGAAGCAGAAAUGGGAAAAUUCCAAAGCGUACAAAGAAAUGAUGAAGCGCAACAUGAAGAAUCUGAACUGGUCAAAAUUCGAGGAGGAGGCCAAGCGAGUCAUUGAUGAACUAUCGGAACCUGCCAGCGAGUGCCCUAUUGAAAUGGAGGUUGACGACUUGAACGCCACGAAAAAUGUCAACGAGACUAUUUUGAGCCGCGGCCCAGAAAUGCUCAAUCAACUGCCUACACUAACCGAGAUUCCAGAUCUAAUUAAAAACAUGGGCACUGCCUGCUUACAUGAAAUCGAAGACAUUCCCGCGAACGAGAACGAUACUGCCCGAAAGGUAUCGGGGGUUAAGGUGAAACUCCCUUCUGGGAAAGAAUGCUUCGUCAGCGGGCAAAUGGUGCUUACCGAAGAGGGUGAGGUGUUUGUUCCAGGGCAGACAAUACAAAGCGAAUUCGGGGAUGAAUAUAUUCCAGGCAUAACAACAAACGUCGGUAGCCAACCCACCCUUAUCGGAGGCUUGAUUUUAGGCGAAGACCAACGGGAUCCCAUGUUUUUACCAUCGCAAUCGGCCAUCACUGCUGACGGGCAGCUCACAUUCGCUACAACCCCUGAGGAACGACCCCCUCCCCAGGACGAAAGUGAGCGUAAGUUGAAGAGGAAUAAAAAGCCGGUUGUCGAGGAAGAUAUUUUGGAAAACUUCGAAAUCAUCGUCAUCGAAGAGGAUCUGUCGGAUCAGUCCGAGUCCGAUGAAAAAUCCACGGACGAGUCGAGUAUCGACCUGAACAAUUCUGAAAUCGAAGAACUAGACAUGGAGGCCAUCAGGCUGAAACAAGAGCAGCACAGACUGGACAUGGAAAAACUGAAACAGCAACUCGUCGACGAUAUGGACGACGUAAUCGCCAGCCUCGAGGAUAAAAAAGCUCAGUUGAAAAAGAAACUCGAAGAGUUGCGACAACAGCACAUGGAAAAUCAAAAUAAUUUAGUAACGUACGUGAACGAGAAAGACGCGCUGGAAAUAGCGUCAAAAAUGUCCGAGGAUAAAGACACUAUUAAUAGGCUCGUAGACAUACUUCUGACAAUGACUAGAAGAGCAUCGACUUUGCGAGAUAAAAAUAGGGUUCGUUCAAACAACAUUAAUUCGUCUUACUUGAGUACGAACGCCACGGAUUCCGAAAUUAAAUUGCACUCGAGCUCAAACAAACUUAAAAUAUUGUUCAAGACAGCUUUGGUGGCUGCUAAUGACGUGUUCAAAAAUAGACCGAAGGAUCAGGUAUUGGCGCUUACGGCCAUCGGAGACAUCUUAACUCAACCAUUGAAGAAUGACAUCAAACUCCUUCUGGAAUUUGUAAGCCUCAUGAAAACACAGUUCGACAGAGAUGAAGUCUGCAACAUGGCCUUCAAACAGCUCUCUAAAAUUAUCGAAGACACUAAAGUGGCUACUCUGAAUAAUAUCCUAGACAAACAAAUGUCAACGCAGGAUAUUUUGGAGAAUAUCAGCAAAAUACUUGGCCAAGAGAGUGUUAUGAACGUGGCUUUUACGAAAAUAGCGAAGAUAAACCCUGAAACGACGAAUCCAUUACUAGACACUUUGAAAACGCUGAUAGAAGAAGUGAAAACGGACGAAGAUGCCGUUAAAGCUCUACAACGAGCCAUUGUAGCCGCAGUCGAAUCUAUGAUGGACAAAACCCUAAAAAAGCUGAUGAAAAGUAACGGCUUUCGAGAGCUCAAGGAGGAAACGUUGAGUUUCGCGAAGGCCUUAGGUCUGGACGAUGUGGUAGACGACUUGAGCAAACCUACUGAUGGUUCUCUUCUUCUGGAGGAGACCAACAAUAUGUUGAAGAGAAUGACAUUGAUCAGACACCUAGCAGAAAGGGAUUAUUCCUUGAAAACCGCCAUUACGAGGAUCAAAAAGAAUCCGGAAUGUGCCAAAUCCGACCCUAGGAUCAGACAACUGAUCCGUGAGAGCGCUGUUCUGAUCUCCGAUCAAGCUCCACUUCUCACUUCGAGAAGCAUCCCCUUGCAGUUGAUGAAAAAGCAAAACUUGCUCGCCAUCGAGGACUUCCUAGUGAAGAGAACAGACAUAGACUUUCCUGUUUUGAUAUCCAGGGGUUCUCUGCAGGCCGUGAUUCCCAAAGACGCAUCCAGAGGCGUGCUAGCGGGCAGGGUGCCUUAUGUGCUGAUCGACGAAAGUGGUGUUACUAACUUUAGGCCUAUGCACAUGAUGACGGCUAUUCACGUGAACAAAAAUCGCGAAAAGAGGAUCGAUGACUAUUUAGGUGUCGGAAGAAGUAAUUCAGUGGAAAAAGACGAUACGGCAACGUUUCUGAAAGCCAAGAACAAUGGUUCCGAUAAUAGCAGAAGAAUGAGCUCGGGACCCCUUUUGAGGGGCUACGGGCCACGUGCCUAACACAAUGAGGGAGGAAGAACUAGAAGUGGCCUUGAAGGUGGUCAUCGUUGGCAAUGGUGGAGUAGGCAAGUCAAGCAUGAUCCAAAGGUACUGCAAAGGAACUUUCACCAAGGACUAUAAAAAAACCAUAGGAGUAGAUUUUCUUGAAAGGCAAAUAGAAGUAGACGGAGAAGACGUCCGACUGAUGCUAUGGGACACUGCGGGACAAGAAGAAUUCGACGCAAUCACCAAGGCCUACUAUAGAGGAGCUCAAGCAUGCGUUCUAGCUUUUUCUACGGUAGACCGGGAUUCUUUUGAAGCUGCGCAUUCAUGGAAACUCAAGGUAGAAAAUGAAUGUGGAGAAAUCCCCACUGUGAUUGUACAGAAUAAAAUAGAUCUCAUGGAACAAAGCGUUGUCAACCCAGAAGAAGCAGAUCUUUUAGCCCGAGCGUUAGGCUGUCGAUUGAUUCGAACGUCUGUCAAAGAAGACGUCAACGUGGUGGCCGUCUUCAGGCACUUGGCAUCGAAAUGUCUGGCAGAACUUCGGGAUCCUCGUGAUUAUGACUACUUCACCACGCCAACCACCUUCAGCCCAGAUACCCUCACUAUUAGUGCUUUUAACCCUAGUCAUUCUUCCAAAAACCAUAACGGAACCAUAGUACUUCGACCUCAUAAACAAAAAAAGAAGAAAAACGUUUUGAAAAAUGCUUGUAGGAUAUUAUGAAAGGCCACUUUGAUGAAUUAGUCGACCUAGUUUUUUUCUGUUUUUAUUGUUUGCCAUGUAUAUUGUCAAUGAUAUUGAUUAGUAGGUUUAUAAUAUGUCCCUGAUGAAUAUUUUUAUCCCUCUAAUAUAUUUAAAAUUUGUAUAUUUUGCCCCUUAGGCCAACUGGUGAAGUGCUAAUAUACGUGAAUGUUAUUUCCUAGGUAGGAUUUUUGUAUGCGUUAAAACCCCUGUAUGAUAUUCUAGAAUAAAGUAUUUUUGUGUGUUAGUACUAACUUUUGGACAUUGUGUGGUAUUGUUACGUUUUAAGUUUUUACCUACCAAUGUAGUUGAUUAAUAAAACAAAAAAAUAUA